UUUCUCUUUAGUAUCUAUUUUAGUCAUUUAACAUAUUUAAUAUUUAGGGCAUCCAAGUUAUUUGAAAUAGUUGAUUUUUUAAAGUAACGCAAUAAUUAUUUUCCCUGAUAAUUAGUUACUUUUAUAAUGAUGUAACGCAGUUACUAAUUCAGUUACUAUUUGUGAGAAGUAAUUAGUAACUAUAACUAAUUACUUUUUUAAAGUAACGUUCAUACUGUGUUUCAGUGGAGAGGUGACCAAUAAAAUGCUCCUUGUUCUAUUGUUCUCUACAAUCCUUGAUUUUUUUACCCAUUUGGAGGAGUUUGAGCUGGUCACUUGAAUAACAUUUUCCUGCCAGUGAUGCCAGCAAACUUGCAAGGAAUCCUGGAAAUGACUGUCUUAACAUUUAUUGUGUCACUUUGUCCUGUGUUUAUCUACAAUACAGCAUCUGAUGAUCCAGAAGUUAUACCAGCUCAAUUAUAUUAUCCAUCUGAUCCAUCUUAUUCAUAAUUAUCUAGAUAAUAGAUGGCCCAUCACCACUAUCACAUACAGUACCUCAAAAACUCAGAUAAUAAAGCAAUCCUCCCUCUGCUUACAGAUAAAAAAGUUUGUACUGGAUUACCAUAACACCAUUGGACAUUUGACUCAGUGGUAUGAGGAUAAUUAUCUAUCUGUCUUUCUGUCUAUUUAUGGCAAAUCCAUAAUUUCAAACAUUUUAAAAUCAUACACACAAGCCUGACAAUGUAUUUUUUACAAUGUAUUUUUUCUUAAAUUGUGCUGUGUUUGAUAAAGAGAGCAGCUCAGAAAAAAACUCACUUCCUCUGCCUGCCAGGCACAAUGAAUAAUGUUACUGCUCAUUGUGUCCACACAGAUUCUUUCUUCUGUCCUCAGUGGGUGAAAAUGGGGGCAUUUGAUCAGAAUUCUGAAGAGUCCUGUUUGCGUCCAUAAAGAAAAGCAUUGUGUGUAAACGGUUAUAUAAGUACGUAUGACAUCUGGUGCAGGGUUGUGGCUAGUAUUGAGAAAAUGUUUUACAUAUGCUCUUCAGAGAGGCCUUUAGAUGUUUCCAGUACAGGAUUGUUCAUUAUUACAGUUGAAGUUUCAGACUCAAGUUUCCACAUAACAAGACAACAGUCAGCUCUUCAUCAUAUUUGGACCUGGUAUAGCAUAGGCUUCCUCACAGGCUGAUCCUGUCCUGGAUUUCAGCAUGAAUUGGGCAUCAUUUUAUGGUGUGAUCAGUGGUGUGAAUAGACACUCUACCGGCAUUGGGCGCAUUUGGCUGUCCGUCAUAUUCAUCUUCCGCAUCUUGGUGCUGGUGGUGGCAGCUGAGAGCGUGUGGGGGGACGAGAAGUCCGGCUUUACCUGUAACACCCAGCAGCCCGGCUGCAACAGCGUGUGCUAUGACCAGUUCUUUCCAAUAUCACACAUUCGCCUCUGGGCCCUGCAGCUCAUACUGGUGUCCACGCCGGCUCUGCUGGUCGCCAUGCAUGUUGCCCAUCGUCGUCAUGUGGAGAAAAAGAUUCUCAAAAUAUCUGGGCGGGUUAGUGCGAAAGACUUUGAAGACAUCAAGAGGCAGAAGUUUAAGAUCACAGGUGCCCUUUGGUGGACUUACAUGGUAAGCAUAAUUUUCCGCGUUAUUUUUGAGAUGGUUUUCUUGUACAUUUUUUAUACAAUCUAUCCAGACAUCAAGAUGGUGCGUCUUGUGAAGUGCGAUUCCUACCCCUGUCCAAAUACAGUGGAUUGUUUUGUGUCCCGUCCAACAGAGAAGACCAUUUUUACUAUCUUCAUGCUGGCAGUGUCUGGAGUUUGUGUUUUGCUGAACAUUGCAGAGGUUGUUUAUUUAAUAGGCGGUGCAUGUAUCAGAUACUUUCACGGAGCAGCUAGUGAAACAAAAAGACCUUGGCUCACUAAAAAACUGGCCUCCUACAAGCAGAACGAAAUAAAUCAGCUGAUAUCAGAGCACUCAUUCAAACCCAGAUUAAAUGCAGGCCGUAGAUCUGCUACGGACAAGGGGGAGCGCUGCUCUGCUUUCUAAGACUGAUCUGUCAAUAACCAUUGAAUGCAAGUGAUCAUAUUAUUUCAUUUUUACACAUUAGGUAAAACCAUUUAAAAUGUUAUAUACAUGUGAGAAAUCAUCAUGGGAAGAUAUGCGAACAUGUUAACAUUUGCUAAUUCAAAUGGGUCCAAACAUUGUCUUUUCUAAAAGGAAUAAAAUUUGUGUUACACUAGACUUUUCCACCAAUAUGCAUGUAAGCAUGAGAUAGCUGGAACACUAACAUACUGUAUGUGUUAAAGGUUUUUCUUGGAGUGCGUCAUAAAGUUUAAAUUUGAUGAACUCUGAUCUGAAAAAUGUUUGUUGUGAAAACCCAUUUGGCCAACCGAGAGAUUUCAAACAUGCAGAGAGUAAAAACAAAGCAUGGUUUGCAGUAAAUGUAAAGUUGUGAUAAUAUAUGUGUUUUUAACAUUUUUAGUUCAUUUCUGUUUUCAAAGGCAAGCAUUGCUAUUACUUUUUCUCAUACAUUUCUCAAACCCAUAACCUUAAGUAUUGCAUUUUAGCUGUUGUGCUAUGGAAAUAACUGCUACCUCAAAUGUUGUAGGGUGUAGAGAAAAUGUACAGUAGUAAUAGGAAGUUCAGAUAAUUUUUCUGAUUCGGAUCUUUGAAUCUCGUUCAUCAAAAUGAACAAAUCUUUUUUUGAGUCAUUUCGUUCUUUUCGUUCAUUUAAAAUAUGAUUACCUAUAAUUUCACAAAUUACCCCAAAAUAACCACUCAUGCAAACAAUUAUGACAUUUCUAACAAGUUAUAAGAAAUAAAAAUCCUUAUUUCAUUAUUUCUUGACACAAGCUCUGAAACCUGCACAAGAGAUAGAAAUGAUUAGCUUACCUCCUAAGUCAGUCCUCGUGUACAAGUCAGGGUAAUGAAGUCAAAGCCAAAUUAUAAGAAACUGAACUUCAUAUUUAUCACAUUUGUACGCCUUCUCUCGUGUCUACAGAUGUUAGUUGUCAACUCUGUCUUACUGACUCUCUGUGUUCGGCCAGGCUGUGCCGUGUGAUAUACAGCACAGGACCGGAAAGAGAAAUGAUUAGUUCAUCAUUCUCUCGAGUUCGGGACGGGUUCGAGUCUUUCGUUCUUCCUGUCAGCCUCAUAGAGGCUAUGCUGUCAGUACUGGAAAGAUAAAUGAUUAGUUCAUCUUUCGAGUCUCGAGUUCAGCCGGUUCCGAGUCUUUUGUUCUUCCUGUCAGUCCCAUAGAGGCUAUGCUGUCAGUACCGGAAAAAGAAAUGAUAAGUUCAUUCAAGUCUUGAGUUCGGGUUUGGCCGGGUCCGAGUCCUCACGUGAUGGCUGGUAUAUCACAUUAAAUACAACAUUAGAUUCGUAUUAUUGAUUGCGUCUGAAUGUAUCCUAUAUUGUUUUAUAUUUAGUAAUUAAAAUACAAAAUAUGUGCAAAAACAUUAUUUGAAAAAUAAAAGUUCCAUCUUAUUGAAGAACGAAAGAUCGGACCCGACCGAACCCGAACUCGAAAGGUGAACUAAUCAUUUCUCUUUCCGGUACUGGUAGCAUAGCCUCUAUGGCAGUAAUUCUCAAAGUGUGGUCCGCGGACCACUAGUGGUCCCCCAAACUCCCCCAGUGGUCCGCCAAAAGAUGACCUAAACUAGGCAAGUGUUUAUACAAUCGUCACUUAUUUAAGUAGAUUUUUAAUGCACUUGCAAAACUGUGAUAUCAGUUCUUGCCUUUCUGUUUUAAUAACGUAAAAAUGGAUCGGUUGGCUAAACCAAAGAGGGUCAAAAUAAAAGAUCAAGCGUCAACUGAAAACAGCUAAAAUCCACAGAUCUAUUAGUUUUGUAAUGUAUAGUUUUUGUUACAUGUGUAAAAUCCCUGUAAUUUCAGUGAUUUUGGACAUUAAGGGGAACAUUUUUUUCAGUAUUUUAUUGUUACCAUUGUUACAAUCAUAGACUUCAUAUACCCACCACCUCAGUUUUAAACUAAGGGCUCUUUGGAAUGACAUUAAGUGGGACCUAUAGGCUGUUAUAGUAUGUUUAAUUGCAUUUUUUUCACAUGUGCAGUUUGUUGUUCAUAUUAAGCUGCAACUCAUUUCACAUUUACUUGUUCAAAUGAAAUAAAAUUCAUAUAAUAAUUUCUGAACAUAGCAUUGCAUUUGUGUUUAAAAAAUUAGUGUUUGACUUGAAACAGUUGCAUAUUAAACUUGAAUUUAGCUUAUCCUUCCUAUUUUGUUGCUUUUUCGGGAGUGUUAGAGUGGGAUUCUGUUAGGUGGUCCUCAGACAAAAAUUGGAAGAUAAAGUGGUCCUUGGGCUGAAAAAGUUUGAGAAACACUGCUCUAUGGGACUGACAGGAAGAACAAAAGACUCGA